AUGCUCUCAAAAGACAGAGACAAUUCGAAAUUAAAAUAUAAUAUAUUAAGCAUAUCAUCAAAUGAUAAAGAUCAUGAUGUUACAUACCUAUUAAAAAAUACAGAUGUGGAAAUUUAUAAACCAUGGCUAAGCGAACAAAAUUGUAUAUACCCGCAAGAAUUUAUUUUACAGAUAAAACCAGCUAAAAUAAAAUAUUUAGAAUUUUUAUCUCAUGAAUAUGCCAUAAGUAGGAAGAUUGAAAUAUAUAUAUCUAAUAACAAUAAAGAUUUCUUAAAAGCUGGUUUUUUUAGAUUUAAUGACAACGCUUCAACAAAUUAUUGUGCUAAAGAACUUAAAUAUGUAUAUUUGCCAUGUUCCAUGAAAUGCACAUUUGUCAAAUUACGGCUUCAUAGUCCAUAUCACAACUAUCUAAAUGUCCAUUCACAAAUUGGGUUGUAUUACAUCAACAUAAUUCCUGAAGACAUUUCUUUAAAUAUUACAUCUGAGGCAAAUACAUUUCUUAAAUUAACCUCCUCAGCUAAUAAAAAAAAUAAAAAUUAUAAUGAUAUUAAGGUAAAUAAUAAAAAAGCACUCUUGCGAAAAAGGGAAGUAACUACGUAUAGCUCAAAUCUCACUGACAAUAAUGCUGCACAGCAUUUUACAGAAGAAGUACGUUUAGAAAGUUUUAAAAGAUCGUAUUCUAAAUGUGAUAUAAACAAAAUUAGUUCUUUGUAUGAAACAUUAGAGAACAAGAUAAAAUGCUUUGAAAAAAUAAAAGGUGAAUGCGUUGCGAAAGAAGAGUUUAAUACGGCGAAUGAACUAAAAAAAAUUGUAAAUAUUUUUAUUUCUUUAAAAAAUGUAAUAACUUUCAUAAAAGGAAAAAAAAAGAAAUAUGUCAGAGAAGAAAAUUAUGGAAAAGCUAAAAGAUUAAAAGAAAAAGAAAUAAAAAUAAAAAUUAUAAUAAAGAAUAUAGAAGAAUUGAAUAUAAUAAAUAACUGUUCAAGAAAAUGGUAUUAUGAAUGGCUAGUUUUGUAUUAUAAAGAACUAGAAUAUUAUGAAAAAGAGAUAAAUAAAAUUAUGUCUAAUGAAAAUAUAAAAAAAAAUUCUGCACUUUUUGAUAAUCACAAGAAUGAUAACGAUAAUGAUGUUGACUUAAAUAAUAUUCUGUUAUUCAUUUGUAGCGAUAACGAAAAAAAAAGAGAGAUGGGUUUCGACUUAGCUUACAAACCAUUUGAAGAUCGAGAUAAAAAAUAUAAAAAUUUUUGGCUUAACAAUUUAGAAUCCUUAUGUUUAAUUAUUAAAAGAGGAAUAUCAGAUCCGUAUUAUAAUAUAUUUAUAAAAAGUGUGGUCACUCUAGAAAAAAUGCUAAAUAAAUUCCAAGAUUACUUUUUAAAAUUGGAUAAUAGACAUGAUGAUCAUUUUAAUGAUAAGAACAUAAAAUAUCUAAAACAUAUAAUUUCUUCACUAUUGAAACGUUUAGAUGAUUCUAAUUUAGAUGUUGUAGACAUUUGUAUAAAAACAAUAAUGAUGAUGUUACAUAACAAUUUUACUUCUUUUAAAAAUGUGUUUUCUAUUAUAUUAUCAAUGUUGUUUUAUUUUUUUUCUGCCGAUGUAACAUCAGAAAUAAAUGAAAAGAUAAUUGUUAGUUUAAUGAGCUUUUACUACUCCUUGAUUAACAAAUACUAUACAUCUGUGAAAAAUGAUAUUAAUUUAAAAAAAGUACUCGAAAUUAUAUCUCUUUUUCUUGAAGUAGAUCUUGAAUCAAUAAAACAAACAUCUUUGGAUUUUUUUGUUAAUAUAUAUAAUACUGUCGAAAAUCGUAACGAACUUUUUGAAGAAUUUUUAUUAAAUGUUUCAUAUGAUACUAAGAAUCUUAUAAUAAAUAGAGUGAAUCAAGAAGAAAAGGAGAACACGAAAACUUUAAAGAAUGCCAAUGAUGAGAAAAACGAAAAUGAAAAUGAAAAACCCAAAAAACAUUGUUUGUUCAUAAAUAAUGAUGAAUUAUUAAAAAAAAAUUCUUAUUUAAACAAUAAUUAUCUUAACAUCAAAGAGUUUACAUCGUUUGAACAUAAUACAGAGAAAAUUGAUGAAAAUGAAAAUGUUAGUAUCGGUGUUAUAAGGAAUAACAAUACAGAAAAUUGUACAGCUUUAAAUAUAAAUAUGAAAGAUAAUAGACUAGUUGAUAAAAAUUCAAAAUUAACUUUUGUGGAAAAUAGCCAUUUAAAAAAAGAAAAAUGUCCUAGUGAAAUUCAAGAGCUACAAGAUAAUAGUACCACAGAAAAUAAAGAAUAUGAAAAGGUACAAAUGGUUGCAGUAAACAAAAUGAAAGCAACAGAGACCGAUCUCAUAACCAUAAGUAGCUUACAUAAGAAGGAGGCCCCCAUAAAUGAACAAGUAAAACGUGAAAGCAGUACAAAACACGAGGAAAAGUUAACAAAUAAAAGUGAAGAUGUAGAAGAUUCUACAAAGAUAGAUGAUGAAUACGACGAAACAAAUGUACCUUCAUUUACAUGUAAAUAUUGUUUUAAGUAUGAUGAAGCUUUUACUGAAAUAGGUUUAGAGAAGCACUGGAUAAAAAAGUGUCCUAUGCUUUGUACCUGUCCAAAUUGUUUUUUAAUUGUUGAAUUAGUUGUCAUUUAUGAUCACUUUCUAUCUGAGUGUUCGCAUAAUCAUAUGUAUACACCGUGUGAAUACUGUAAUAAAAUUGUAAAGAAAAAUUUAUUAGAUUCACAUGUAAUGAAUGAAUGUAAUGGAAAGAAAACUGAAUAUCUUUCUUGUUAUUAUUGUUCUCUUUGCAUUGAAUCAUUUGACAUAGAUAUAUGGAGAGCUCAUUUUUUAUCAUGUUCUAAAAAUCCUAGAUUACAGUAA